AUGGAGAAGAAGAGGCCCAAGAAGUCUGCUGGACGUCGCGGAGCUCCUGCUGCAGCGACGGAGCCAACUUUCCGCCGUCAAAGCAGCUGGAAGCAGAGGAACUCAAGCUCCUCGAGUGUGCUCUGGCUCAAGCUCAACUUCACCAUCAAAGCCGCUCGGCUGCAGACCCUCAAGCGGCAAAAGUACCAGCACUUGCAAGAGGAGGCUUUGCUUAAAGCUCGCGGGUUGCUCAAGAAUUGGGAAGAUGGCCCAGUGCUGCUAACCGAAGAUCUGUACAGUCGAGCAAGGACUGAGCACGACGCUCAAGAGCUCAUCAACUACACGCCCGAGGCUUUGGCGCUACGGUUUAGUCUACGCAACCACCCGGACGUUAUCGAUGCAGUCAAGCAGCUCUGGACCGUGGAGCUCCCGCGUGACGAGAUGGGGUGUAUCGACCAGAGCGGCUACGCUUCGCUCUUCCGUCGCAUUGGGCGGUGUCUGGAGCCUGACGCCACUAAGCGCCGACUCCGAUGGAUGGAGAAGACAAUUCGAGAGGACUGGAUGCGCGACAGCAAAGGGGAACCCACCAUGGCCUUCGCCAACUUCUUCGAUAGCGUCUUCGAGCUGGCUGAUCUCUGGUGCGAGACGAUCGACGUGGACGAGUACAUCGCGUUCCUGCGGAGGUUGGUCUUGAGGGUCAGCACUGCGCGACGAGCAAAGCAUGACCCCAACAGCGACGACAGACGAUUGCUACGGCCACUCACGCAGAUCAAGGCCAUCGACAACGAGGAUGAAUCUUCGUCUUCUUCGGAUGAAGAGCUCGCUCCGUUGGAGUGUACGGGAGUUUGGGGCAUCGAAUCUUGA